ACGCAAACGACAAUCUCAAAAUUAUUGACACAACUUCCUUUAUUUAUAAUUAUAUCCAAGGUUAAAAAUAAAAUUAAAAAUCUUUCUCUUGUUCACAUUUAUUCACAUUCACUCUUUGCUAAUUGAAGUGAACAAUUUAAAUCACAAUCAUUGGUAGUAGUUCCAGAUGCGUUUCCACAAAAUAGUUUACAAUGUUACUCAACCUUGUAUUAAGUGUUGUAAGUUGCUUGAUCCAAGAAACAUUUUCAAAGUAUCUUCCGAAUAAUUCUUGUAAAAAUUACAUCGACUAUUAUUUUAUCAACACCAGCAAAAACUGUUAUCAUAAUGGUGAAUUCUUUGAACAAACGACCGAAAUAAUCGAAAAACACAUAGGUUUUAGUGAAACGUAUAACGUAACAACUGAAGAUGGUUACAUUUUGACAAUAUUUCGUAUUCCAAAGCAACGUCCAAGAGGCAUUGUAAUUCUUCAACACCCAGUUACUACAGAUUCAAUUGUGUGGGUUGGUCAAAGUAAUGAAUCACUUGCAUUUUUGCUCUGGAAUUUUGGCUAUGACAUUUGGCUACCAAACCAUCGUGGAACCUACUUCUCACGAAAACAUGUAAAUUUAACCAUUUCAGAUGAAGAAUAUUGGGAUUUUAGUUUUCACGAAAUUGGCUUAUAUGACUAUAAAGCAAUAAUAGAUUUUGUCAAAAAUAAAACUGGGCGGAAAAUUGUUUUUAUAUCACAUUCCAUGUCAACAACUGCAUCACUCAUUUACUCUUCACUGCGGCCGAAAGAAGCUGAAGCCUCGGUUCAAGUCUUCAUAAGUAUGAGCCCAGUAUCUUAUUUAAAACAUGUGAGGUCUCCUGUGAAAUAUCUUGCCCCUUUCACUCCAUUUUUGAAGAUGAUCAACACAUUGUUACAUAUCACACAUCUCCAGGAAUACGAUUCGCCACUAAUGCAAACUAUGAGGCUGUUAAUGCUAGAACUUCCCUUUAAAUAUCUGGCAAAUAUGAUGAUUUCGCUUUUUCAAGGAUGGAAUCCACGGGAAUUUGACCCGGCAUUUAUAAACCUGUCAAUCUCGCAUCAUCCCAGAAGUUACCCUUGGAAAAUAUUCUACCACUACGUACAACAAUACCUAUCCGGAGGACGCUUCCAAAUGUACGAUUAUGGACCUAAAAUUAAUAAAGAAUUGUAUGGUAGUCUCAUCCCUCCUGAGUAUCCAGUUGAGGAAAUAAUUGCUCCAACUUACUUAGUUUACAGUAAACAUGAUUCUCUUGCCACUUCAGAGGAUGCAGAACUGUUGUACAGUAAAUUGAACGAAAAAGCAAAAAUUUAUGGCAAACUGGAAAUAGAAAACAUAAAUCAUGUAGAUUUUCAUUAUGGGAAACAUAGAAAAGAAAAGGUGUUUCAUGAAAUAAUUAAACUUUUAGAAUUCAUUGAACCUAAUUUUUAAUUAUUGUGUUGAUUUGUAUUUCUAUUAUUAUUCGCUGGACGAAUAAACGAUAAAUUACGA